AGGUGCCGGGGUAGGAAGUGGGCCGGGGAAAGAUUAUAAAUCGCCCCCGCCCUCGGCUCCUCUUCAUCGAGGUCCGGUGGAGGCUCGGAGCGCGCCGGAGCGACACUCCUCUUGACUCCUCCCAGGCGGCGGCAGCGGCGGCGACUCGGAGCGGGCUCCGGGGCUGGAACGCAACGGCCAGAGGACGCCGCGCUCCGAGGAUUACCGGGGGAAGUGGCUGUCUCUAGCUGGAGCUGCAGAGAGGAGCGCCGGGGGAGCAGGGCCGGCGGCGGCGGCGGAGCGAGAAGGAAUCGGCUGCGGCGGGCGCCCGCGAGGAGCGCGGGCACCGGGCGAACAGGCCGCGUCGCGCUCACCAUGGUCAGCUGCUGGGACACCGGGGUCCUGCUGUGCGCGCUGCUCGGCGGUCUGCUGCUCACAGGAUCUAGUUCAGGUUCAAAAUUAGAAGGUCCUAAACUGAAUUUAAAUGGCACCCAGCACGUGAUACAAGCUGGCCAGACGCUGUAUCUCAAAUGCAGAGGAGGAGCUGCCCAUGCCUGGUCUCUGCCUGCAACUGUGAGCAAGGAAAACCAACGCCAGAAGCUUAGCAUCACUAAGUCUGCCUGUGGAAAGAACGGCAAGCGGUUCUGCAGCACGUUGACCUUGUACGCAGCUCAGGCAAACCACACUGGCUUCUACAGCUGCAAGUAUCUCUCUACAUCUGCUUCCAAGAAGAAAGGAGAAUCUACCAUCUACAUAUUUAUUAAUGAUACAGAUAGACCUUUCUUAGAGAUGCACAGUGAAAUCCCUGAGAUUAUAAACAUGACUGAAGGGAAGGAGGUGCUCAUCCCCUGCCGGGUCUCGUCUCCCAGCAUCAAUGUUACUUUAAAAAAGUUUCCAUCUGAUACUCUGAUCUCCGAUGGAGAAAGAAUAACCUGGGACAGUAGGAAGGGUUUUAUAAUAUCAAAUGCAACCUACAGAGAAAUAGGGAUUUUGACCUGCGAGACAACAAUCAAUGGAUAUUUGUACAAGAAAAACUAUCUCCUAUUUCGGCAAACCAACAUAAUCAGAGACGUCUGGAUAAGCCCACCAAGCCCAGUCAGGCUACUGAGAGGCCAUAAGCUCACCCUCAAGUGCACGGCUACCACCCCGUUGAACACAAGAGUUCGGAUUACCUGGAGUUACCCUGGAGAAGUAAAUAACAGAGCCUCUAUAAGGCGACGCAUUGACCAAAGCAGUCCCCAAAAUAAUGUAUUCUACAGCAUCCUUGUUAUUGACAAAGUGGAGAACAAAGACAAAGGGCUUUACACUUGUCAUGUGAAAAGCGGGCCAUCACUCAAGUCUGUUAACACCUCGGUAUAUAUAUAUGACAAUGCAUUCAUCACUAUGAAGCCUCAACAGCAGCAGGUGUUUGAGGCUGUAGCUGGCAGGCGGUCUUACCAGCUCUCCAUGAGAGUGAAGGCGUUCCCCUCUCCAGAUGUUGUCUGGUUAAAAGAUGGGUCACUGGCCACUGAGAAGUCUGCCCGCUAUCUGGUUCGUGGCUAUUCAUUGAUUAUCAAAGAUGUGUCUGCCGAAGAUGCAGGGGACUACACAAUCUUGCUGGGCAUAAAGCAAGCAAAUGUGUCCAGAAACCUCACUGCCACUCUGAUUGUCAAUGUGAAACCCCAGAUUUACGAAAAGUCUGUAUCAUCAUUCCCGAAUCCGAUCCUGUACCCACUGGGCAGCAGACAGACCCUGACCUGCACCAUUUAUGGAGUCCCCACACCUGCCAUCACGUGGUUCUGGCACCCCUGUAACCAUAAUCACUCCAGAGCAAGGUAUGACUUCUGCUCCACUAAUGAAGAAGCCUUUAUCCUGGAUCCUGACAGCACUGUAGGAAACAGAAUUGAGAGCAUCACUCAGCGUGUGGCAAUGAUAGAAGGAAAGAAUAAGACGGCUAGCACCUUGGUUGUGGCUGACGCCAGAGUUUCUGGAAUCUACACUUGCAUGGCUGCCAAUAAAGUCGGGACUGUGGAAAGAAGCAUGACCUUUUACAUCACAGAUGUGCCCCAUGGAUUUCAGGUGAGCUUAGACAAAAUGCCUGUGGAAGGAGAGGACCUGAAGCUGUCUUGCACAGUGAACAAGUUCUUGUACAGAGACGUUACCUGGAUUUUGCUGCGGACAGUGAACAACCGGACCAUGCAACACAGCAUCAGCAAGCCAAAGACAGCUGUCAGGAAAGAGCACUCCGUGACGUUCCACCUCGUCAUCAAGAACGCCUCCCUGGAAGACUCGGGCACCUAUGCCUGCCGAGCUAGGAACAUGUACACAGGGGAAGAAAUCCUCCAGAAGAAAGAAGUGAUCAUUAGAGAUCAGGAAGCACCCUACCUCCUGCGAAACCUCAGUGACCGCACAGUAGCCAUCAGCAGUUCAACGACUCUAGAUUGUCAUGCUAAUGGUGUCCCAGAGCCUCAGAUAACCUGGUUUAAAAACAACCACAAAAUACAGCAAGAACCUGGAAUUAUUUUAGGGCCGGGAAGCAGCACGCUGUUUAUCGAGAGAGUCACGGAAGAAGAUGAAGGCGUGUAUCACUGCAAAGCCAGCAACCUGAAGGGCUCGGCGGAGAGCUCGGCCCACCUCACCGUGCAAGGGACCUCGGACAAGUCUAACCUGGAGCUCAUCACUCUGACGUGCACCUGUGUGGCUGCAACCCUCUUCUGGCUCCUGUUAACACUUUUUAUCCGAAAACUGAAAAGGUCGUCUUCUGAGAUUAAAGCUGACUACCUGUCAAUUAUCAUGGAUCCGGAUGAAGUUCCCCUGGAUGAGCAGUGCGAUCGGCUCCCUUACGAUGCCAGCAAGUGGGAGUUUGCCCGGGAGAGACUUAAACUGGGCAAGUCACUGGGAAGAGGGGCUUUCGGAAAAGUGGUGCAAGCAUCGGCAUUCGGCAUCAAGAAAUCACCCACCUGCCGGACUGUGGCUGUAAAGAUGCUGAAAGAGGGGGCCACGGCCAGCGAGUACAAGGCUCUGAUGACCGAGCUCAAGAUCCUGACCCACAUAGGCCACCAUCUGAAUGUCGUCAACCUGCUGGGAGCCUGCACCAAGCAAGGAGGGCCCCUGAUGGUGAUUGUUGAAUACUGCAAAUAUGGAAAUCUCUCCAACUAUCUCAAGAGCAAACGGGCCUUAUUCUUUCUCAACAAGGAUGCAGCCUUACACGUGGAGCCUAAGAAAGAGAAAAUGGAGCCAGACCUGGAGCAGGGCGAGAAACAGAGGCUAGACAGCGUUACCAGCAGCGAGAGCUUCGCGAGCUCCGGGUUUCAGGAAGAUAAAAGUCUCAGUGAUGUUGAGGAAGAGGAGGAUUUUGACGACUUCUACAAGCAGCCCAUCACUAUGGAAGAUCUGAUUUCUUACAGUUUUCAAGUGGCCAGAGGCAUGGAGUUUUUGUCUUCCAGAAAGUGCAUUCAUCGGGACCUGGCCGCACGAAACAUACUUUUGUCCGAGAACAACGUGGUGAAGAUUUGCGACUUUGGGCUUGCCCGGGAUAUUUAUAAGAACCCCGACUAUGUGAGAAAAGGAGAUACGCGACUUCCUCUGAAGUGGAUGGCUCCCGAGUCCAUCUUUGACAAGAUCUACAGCACCAAGAGUGACGUGUGGUCUUACGGAGUGCUGCUGUGGGAGAUCUUCUCCUUAGGCGGGUCCCCCUACCCGGGGGUGCAGAUGGACGAGGACUUCUGCAGCCGCCUGAAGGAUGGCAUGAGGAUGCGGGCGCCUGAGUACGCCACGCCUGAAAUCUACCAGAUCAUGUUGGACUGCUGGCACAAAGACCCAAAAGAAAGGCCAAGAUUUGUGGAGCUUGUGGAAAAACUAGGUGACCUGCUUCAAGCCAAUGUACAACAGGAUGGUAAAGACUACAUUCCACUAAACGCCAUCCUGACAGGAAACAGUGCGUUUACAUACUCGACGCCUGCCUUCUCCGAGGACUUCUUCCAGGAAGAUAUUUCUGCUCCAAAGUUUAAUUCGGGGAGUUCUGAUAAUGUCAGAUAUGUCAAUGCUUUCAAUUUCAUCAGCCUGGAAAAACUCAAAACCUUUGAAGAAUUCUCACCUAAUGGCACCUCCCUGCUUGAUGACUACCAGCUGGAUAGUGGCACCCUGCUGGCCUCCCCCUUGCUGAAGCGCUUCACCUGGGCAGAGAGCAAACCCAAGGCCUCCCUGAACUUGAGAGUAAUCAGUAAGAGUAAGGAGUCGGGCCUUUCUGACCUCAGCAGACCCACGUUCUGCCACGCCAGCUGUGGGCACCUGAGCGCAGGCCACCGCAGGUUCACCUAUGACCACUCGGAGCUGGAGAGGAAGAUUUCCUGCUGCUCGCCUCCCCCCGACUACAACUCUGUGGUCCUGUACUCCACCCCACCAGUCUAAAGCCCGAUUCUGCACAGCCGUCUUUCUAGAACCACAUGUGUAUUUAUACCCCCCAGAAAACUAGCUUUUGCCAGUAUUAUGCAUAUAGAAAUUGACACCUUUUCCUUUCCACAGGAGCCAGCUGCUUUUUUUGUGAUUUUUUUUUUAAUAGUGCUUUUGUCUUUUUUGACUAACAAGAAUGUAACCCCAGAUAGAGGAAUAGUGACAAAGAGCGCCACUGCUGACCCUCGCAGGACUCAGCGGGGAGGAGAAAUCCUGACCCCGCCCUGGACUUGCCUCUCCCCCUGACCCUGGAGAUCCCAAGGCCUCCGGGCUCCAGGUGGCUCAGGACACACGCUGUCACCUGUCACUGCAGCUCGGACUCUGCGGGCCAGCAAGGCCUGUGCUGUCAAAGGCAUGGUUCUGGGGUCUCCAGCAGGCUCUGUGUGUGGGGGGGAGGGGGGAUGGGGAGAGGACACAGGGCAGAGGCGGGGAGGGGGACUGGAGCUGCACCUCGUGGGGAGGGAGUGGGUAGAGGACAAUGCCACCUGGUCCACCUUGGAGAAUCCAUCCAGGGAGCAGACAGGACGGAGGGGUGAUGGGAGGUUAAAAAAAAAAAAAAGCCAAACAUAAUUUUUGGAACCAUCAA